CUGGCGGCUGCCCCCCAACAACAGGUGCACAUUCCUGGGCGCCUCGUCACUUCCCCUGCGCUGGCGAACCGAGCGAACUCACUGAGCAACGCGGCCGGGCUAUGACCCCAGGGCCGCUGCUGCUGCUGCUGGGGGCGCUGGGGGCGCCGCUCGCCCCGGGCGCCCGCGGCACGGAGGCGGAGGGCCGGCUCCGCGAGCAGCUUUUCUCGGGCUAUGACAGCACGGUGCGGCCGGCGCGGGAGGUGGGGGACCGUGUCGGGGUCAGCAUUGGCCUCAGCCUGGCGCAACUCAUCAGCCUGAACGAGAAGGAUGAGGAGAUGAGCACAAAGGUGUACUUAGACCUGGAGUGGACUGACUACAGGCUGAGCUGGGACCCCGCGGAGCACGACGGCAUCGAUUCACUCCGCAUCACGGCGGGAUCCGUGUGGCUUCCGGACGUGGUGCUCCUAAACAACAACGACGGGAAUUUUGACGUUGCUCUGGACUUGAACGUCGUGGUGUCCUCCAAUGGUUCCGUGCGCUGGCAGCCUCCGGGCCUCUACCGUAGCAGCUGCAGCAUCCAGGUCACCUACUUCCCCUUCGACUGGCAGAACUGCACUAUGGUGUUCAGUUCCUACAGUUAUGACAGCUCCGAGGUCAGCCUGCGGACCGGCUUGGGUCCUGAUAAGCAGGAGCGGCGGGAAGUGCACAUUCAUGAAGGGACCUUCAUUGAGAAUGGCCAAUGGGAAAUUAUCCACAAGCCUUCUCGGCUAAUCCAGCCUCCAGCGGAUCCUAGGGGAGGGGGGGCAGGACAGCGGCAAGAAGUCACCUUCUACCUCAUCAUUCGCCGGAAGCCUCUCUUCUACCUGGUCAAUGUCAUUGCCCCAUGCAUCCUCAUCACUCUCCUGGCCAUCUUCGUCUUCUACCUGCCGCCAGAUGCAGGAGAGAAGAUGGGGCUGUCCAUCUUUGCGCUGCUGACCCUUACCGUGUUCCUGUUGCUGCUGGCAGACAAAGUCCCCGAGACCUCCCUGUCUGUCCCCAUCAUUAUCAAGUACCUCAUGUUUACCAUGGUCCUCGUCACUUUCUCAGUCAUCCUUAGCGUCGUAGUCCUCAACCUGCACCAUCGCUCACCCCACACCCACCAAAUGCCCGUUUGGGUCCGCCGGAUCUUCAUCCACAAACUCCCUCUAUACCUGGGUCUGAAGAGGCCCAAACCUGAGAGAGACCUGAUGCCGGAGCCACCUCCUGUAGCCCUCAGGGAUUCUCCAGGAAGUGGCUGGGGUCGGGGAACAGAUGAAUAUUUCAUCCGGAAGCCACCGAACGAUUUUCUCUUCCCCAAACCGAACAGGUUCCAGCCUGAAUUGACCGCCCCGGACCUGCGGCGACUUACCGAUGGUCCAACCCGGGCCGUGGGCCUGCCUCCCGAGCUACGGGAGGCCGUUUCCUCCAUCAGCUACAUCGCUCGGCAGCUGCAGGAGCAGGAGGACCGCGACGCGCUGAAAGAAGACUGGCAGUUUGUGGCCAUGGUAGUGGAUCGCCUUUUCCUGUGGACCUUCAUCAUCUUCACGAGCGUUGGGACCCUCGUCAUCUUCCUGGACGCUUCGUACCACUUGCCCCCUGCCGACCCCUUUCCUUGAGGACAGAGGGCCAAGACGCAGGUCCUCGGCCAGCUGAACUGAGAGUUGGGCAGUGCUGUCAAGGCCUGUGCCUUUCUGCCUCUCGACUCCACUAGGAAUCCAGGCUUCCCAUAUCAUUGCCCUUCUGGGGAGAGCGCCCAAGUGGGACGGGGCCGACUGAAGCCCUGGGCCCCACAAGAAAUGCACUAUCGGUUUAUUUAUUCUUUGGCUUCUUGUAGAAGUUCCUUUGGAUAUCAACCCUAGGUUGCCGGUAGAAUGGAACAAAGAAGGAGAAGUAGAUUGUACGCCCUAGGAGGGCAGGAACUGUGUCUUGUUCACUGUAAUACCCCAGUACCUAGCACAGGUCCUGACCUGUAGGAUAGUAGGUGCUUCACAUUUGUUGAGUGAUUAGAGAAUUUUUUUUUUUCCUGGAAGGAACUCUAUCAGUUAAUAGUGCUUAUGUUUGCAUAUUGGGACUAGUGGUCAUUCUCUUUGUUUUUACUUUCCUGUAAUUUAUUGUUUUGUAAUAAGCGUUAUCCUUAGGAUUAAAAAAGAAAAAGUUAUUUCUAAAAGGAUGCAUUUGUAAUGGGGGGGGGGAAGAGCAUUUUAAAAAACCUUCAUUUAGGUUCCAGCUUUGGUGCUCAAACUUUGGAUAAGGUACUAAGCCGCUCUGGGCUUAAGAUUCCAUGACUGUAAAAUGAAGCUAAGAAUAGUAUCUGUUCCCAAGUCUGAAGGUCACAUGAGAAGAUGGGAGCAAAAGCUCUACACAGUAUACAUCAGAGUUUGCAAACUGGUAUGUUUGUGUGACCUAUGUUGUUGGCCUGUAUAAUUUUUAGUGUGAGUUAACUACUUUAAAAAUUUGGAUAUUGCACAGAGAAAUUUGGAUUUCUGGCUUCUCUUGGGGGAAAAAAAAAAAUUAAACUACAGUAACACCGGGCCUGAUUCCCCUGUUGGCAGCAACCUGCUAGUGCUGAUGAGUGUGGCGGCCCACCCUGGUCAAGGUAUUUGCACCAGAACUCCUCAAAGCCCCCACCCAGCUGACCAGCUUGGCUCAUUUUACUUGCCUGUUCCUCUGUAACAUUAGACAAAAGCCAGGAGAGGGGUGGGGAGAUGAGUUAAGACAAUGAGAGGCUAGGAGUAGGAAAAGGUGGUGGUAUCUCACGACCAUCCCUCACUUUAUGCCCAUUUCUUUUCGAUUCGGAGAGCAGGUCGCACCAAGCGUAAGGCGCACGGGACAUUAGGAUCUUGUGCCCAGCAGGUUGUGCGAACUGAAGCUGAGUUAAUGUUUCUGCCUGGAGGUCAGGCCAAAGUCAGCUUGAGCCCUAGUGGCUGCAGUCGUUAUAGUGAAGUACGCAGGGUCACCAAGCCCUCACACCUCCUCAGCUGCUGGAGGCCCUGCCCUCAAGAGGGAUCAUACAGCCGCAGCUCCCAGGAUCCCUGGGGGACAAGGUAAGCACGUCCCUAUCCAGCCGACUCGCCAGCCACGCAAAGAAGUGCACUUGGCAUCCCAGUGCGGAGCACAGUUUGUUUGUCUUGUUGGUUUAUUGGCCUAGAGAGUUGGACACACACACAGAUGCGGAGAUAAAUAUUGGUCAGUUUCUCUAAAUCUGGGUCCUCACUACGUAUAGAGCUACAGUCUGUAGGAUUCUAAACCUUGCGUGCUGUGGCACAGAACCAGUGGCCUUUCCACUCCACCAUCACCCUUCUCCCCAGGGAACAUGGGGAAAGAGGGCACAAACUGACAAGACUUGAAUAAUUUUCAAAAGACGGAAUUGCAAAAUCCCAAAUUUCCAACAUCUGAAAGUCACAAUAUUCAAGUUCCCCAGCUCGGAUACACGUAUUUUAAUCUCCAAUUUGCCACGAUCUCAUUUGUUGCCCAGAACCACCAGAUUCUGGAAGCUAGUUUCCUAAAUCAUAUUUUCCAAAAAAAUGUGUCUACAAUCUCAGUUCUCCCGAAAAUGUCCGUGGUUUUGGAAUUUUGACCUGUUCUGAAAUUCAAAUCCCCCGGUCCAUCCUCAACUCCUUCCGUUACCUGUGCCUUUCUGCCUCAGAGGAGUGCAGGUUAAGGAUAUGGGAGAGCUGUCAUCACGUCUGCCCCCUGCCUCCAAGGCUUCUGUCUCCCUUGUGGUUCCGCUGUGUGUGUGUGUGUAUGUGUGUGUAUAUAUAUAUGUGUGUGUGUGUGUGUGUGUAUAUAUAUAUAAAAUUUGUGUGUAGAUAUAUAUAUAUGUAUUCUUUAUUAUGUUCUUUUUUCGCAGUUUUUCUAAAGUGCCAGAAACGAGAUUUGUGGGAAUUUUUUAGUGAUUUUUUUUUUUUUUUGCAUUUCCCGUUUUAAGCAUUUUACCCCCUUAAAAAUUGGAACUUGGUACAUUCAGUAGGAACUCUUCACUCGGACUGUGGCCAAGACCAGGAAAAGUGCAAAGAGACAGAGGAGGAGAGAAGGAAUGACACUCCUCCGUGGUUAACAUUCAGGAGCCUGUCAAAAACCUCCCCCUUCC